AUGCGAAUCAGUUGUCCUCCGACCGUCUCUCCCUGCUACUACGGUAUCGAUACCCCGCGGAAGUCCGAGCUGAUCGCGGCCAACUACGCGGUCGACGACAUCUGCCGCUACGUCAAGUCGGAUACGCUCGCCUACCUCAGCCUGGAGGGGUUGCGCGAGGCGGUCGGGGAGCGGAGCGGCGACUAUUGCACGUCGUGCUACACCGGCAUCUACCCGGUCGAGGGUCCGAAAAGACGCUGA